AUGCGCAUCGACUGGAACGCGCGCAUCGCCGCAAUGAGCGGCGAGAAACGUGGCGGCGGUGCCGACGCGGCUGCAGGUCCAGCUACUGGUUCCGACGCUUCGGCAGCGGCUGAAGCGGAAUGUACUACUGCUAAGACUAACUUAUCGUCUGCAACGGAGGCGACGGAAGGAGAGAUAGCGUUUGCGAUUAUAGAGGAGGGAUUUGCCCUUGCGGGAGCGUUCAAUCUCGCGGAUUACGUGCCGUGGCUGAGCUACUGGGACCCGCUGCGCAUGUAUGCGCGCGCGCAGCGCCUCGCGCCGCAGCUGUUCGGACUCAUGGGCGCGUGCAUCGCGGAGCGACGCCAACUCCUGCUGUGGAAGAAAUGUUCCUCAAACGAAGGAAACGUGACUUUGGAGGAAGAAACCACUCUUGUGGAUACAUUGUUCGAGAUUGAAGGGGAGGGAGAGGAUGAGAUGAAUCAGGACGAGAUGCUGAUGCUCGCGAUUGAUAUGAUGAUGGCCGGGACAGAUACCACCGCCAAAACCGUGGAGUGGGCGCUAGCUGAGCUGGCACAGCACGCUGACAUGCUGGAAAGGCUGCGCGCUGAGGUGGAUGAAGCUUAUGACAGGUCAGCAAGGGCAGCCACGGAAACUGGGGUGGCUGCAGCAGGAGGUUCGGAUCGUCUGGUUUCCCUUCCUGUAGCAGAAAUGCCGUAUCUACAGGCUGUCAUCAAAGAAACACUUAGGCAUUACCCUGUCGCUCCGUUCCUCGUUCCCCACCAGACAACUGACAGCGUAACUAUAGGGGGUUACCACAUCCCUCCCAACACCAUGAUUCAAAUCAACGGCUGGGCUCUUUCGCACGAUCCAACGGUCUGGAUCAACCCGCACAAAUUUGAUCCCUCCAGGUUCCUUGUCCCUGAAGCCCCUGACGUGACCGGGCAAAAUUUCAGCUUGCUGCCCUUCGGUUCGGGCAGGCGAGGGUGCCUGGGGAUGAACCUGGGAUUGGACCUGUCUGCCCGCCUGCUGGCGAAUUUUGUUCGGCGGUUUGAUUUCAAGCUGCCAGAGGAUGUGAGGGCAGCUGGGGGGCUGGACAUGACGGAAAAUUUUGGGCUGACCAUGUCUCUGGCUAAACCGCUGAGGAUUAUGGUGAGGGAGAGAAAGGCAGUGCCAGGUGCGGUGGUUUCUGCUUCAGGAGCAUGA